GGGGCAGUAAGAUCGCGCCGGAGCCGAGCGCGCGCAGCCGGAGCUCGAGCCUCCCCCAGCCGCGAGACGCCGCCACCCCGGCCGCCGCCCGCGCCGCGAGCCCCACACCGGCCUCCCGAGCGACCGCCACCGCACGCCAACCGCCACCGAGGUGCCCGAGAAGAGCGGGCGGCAUGAGCGAGGCGGGCGAGACCACCGGCACCACCAGCACCACCACCCUCCCGCAGGGCCCCCAGGCGCCCGCGCCCCCAGGCUCGGCGCCCGGCGGCGCAACCCAGGCCCCCGCGGCCCCGGCGCCCGCCGCCCAAGUCGCGGGGACCCCGAGUGGGGACGCGGCCCCCGCAGCCGCCGGCACCGCGGCCCCCGCCUCUUCGGCCCCUGCCAGCGGCGAAGACGCGGAGAAAAAAGUUCUCGCCACCAAAGUCCUUGGCACUGUUAAAUGGUUCAACGUCAGAAAUGGAUAUGGAUUUAUAAAUCGAAAUGACACCAAAGAAGAUGUAUUUGUACAUCAGACUGCCAUCAAGAAGAAUAACCCCCGGAAGUAUCUGCGCAGCGUGGGAGAUGGAGAAACAGUGGAGUUUGAUGUGGUUGAAGGGGAGAAGGGUGCUGAAGCAGCCAACGUGACCGGCCCUGACGGUGUCCCGGUGGAAGGGAGCCGCUAUGCUGCUGACCGCCGCCGUUACCGGCGUGGCUACUACGGCCGACGCCGUGGGCCUCCCCGCAAUUACGCUGGGGAGGAGGAGGAGGAAGGGAGCGGCAGCAGUGAAGGAUUUGAGCCCCCCGCAGCUGACAGGCAGUUCUCGGGGGCCCGGAGCCAGCUGCGCCACCCCCAGUUUUACCCUCAGUUCCGGCAGCGGCGCUUCCCGCCGUACCACGUGGGACAGAACUUUGACCGCCGCCCUCGGGUCUUUCCCCAGGCCAGCAGAACGCAGGCUGGUGAGAUUGGAGAGAUAAAGGAUGGAGUCCCCGAGGGAGCUCAGCUUCAGGGCCCGGUCCAUCGGAACCCAACUUACCGCCCACGAUACCGCAGAGGGCCUCCUCGCCCACGGCCUGUGGCACCUAUUGGGGAGGCUGAGGACAAAGAGAACCAACAAGCAGCCAAUGGUCCAAACCAGCCAGCCCCUCGCCGUGGCUACCGGCGUCCCUACAACUAUCGGCGUCGCACCCGUCCUCCUAAUGCUCCCUCGCAAGAUGGCAAAGAGACCAAGGCAGGUGAAGCACCAGCUGGGAACCCUGCUCCGGCCGCCGAACAGAGCAGUGCUGAGUGACACCGGCUCCCUGGGCACCUUCACCACCAGCAGGGUGACCUAAAGAAUUGAAGACCAUUCAAAACUAAAGCAAAAAGUACACCCGCAACCUUACCAACACCAAAGAAACAUCUGAGCAAUAAAGUGGAAGACUGAGAUUUGGACAUUAGAAUGUUUACCACUAUCCUUUGAGAAACUAACAACUGCAGCAAGAUGUCAGCAAAUAUUUCCAGCCAGCUGCGAGCCCAGGAAAGAAUGAAUGUCUGCACGAGAUACACGGAGAGCGUCCUCCCCAGUUUCAGCUACUACUAGGUUUAUAUUUUUUUCCUGGUUUUUACUGUUUUGAUAAUUGAAAAAAGAAAUAGUAAUACUACAUGGGGAGAAGAACCCCAACCAAAGAAGUCUGAAAUUGUUAUAUAGUAAAUGCUUUUUUUCCUUUUUUGUUCAUUUUGGAUGCUGGUGCUAAACUUCUAAGUGUCAUGAUUUAAAAAAAGAAAAGUUUGCCCUUAUUUAUUUUUAGGAUGGGGGGAGGACAACAUUUUUGCUUUCUUUCAUGACUCUCUUUGAAAAUGUGCGGUAAAUUUCUCAGAAAUAAAAUUUUUACCCUUUAAAGGAAAA